AUGAUCGUCCAGGCAGCGCAAACUGUUCGCCGGAACAGGGAGGAGUGCCAGCACCUUAUGAACCAUGUCAUGAUGAUCGGCCAUCUCCUGAUGAUGCUUCAGAAAUCGGAGACGAUGCAGCGCCCUGAGAUCCGGAGACCGCUGGACGGAUUUGAAGGCACACUCCGGCAGGCGUACAUGCUAGUCGUGUCCUGCCAGCAGAGCAACAUCAUGUAUCGCUUCCUCAUGGCAGGAACUCAGGCUCAGAAGUUCCGUGACAUACGAGAUAGAAUUGAUUCAUAUCUCCGGCUGUACCCUCUGGUCAGCCACAUCGACACAAAAGAGUUCAUAACUAGACUUUACAGCCGUGCACAUCCUUCGGUCGCCCAACCACAGGCUUCAGAAGAAGUACUGGAGUCAUCUGCAAGUCAUGCCAACCUUGAUUCCGGGAACCAAGGAAGCGUAUCUGUUGACAAUGACAAUGAAUCAGUAGAAGUUGGAGCAGUAAAUGAGCUAUCUGCAGUGCAAGAACAGCAGCAUGAUGGAGCUUCCUUUGGUGAUAAAUAA